AUGGAGAAGCCAAGCCAAACGCACAACAACCCCGUGGAGGAGGCCCCACCGACGAAGCGUCGUAAAACGAUGGUCCGCUUUACGGAUGAGCUUGACUUCCAACUGAUCCAGGAAGCUCAAGCGAGAAAUCCGUAUGGGAAAGACUACGGGAAGAAGACCCAGGCUUGGGCUGAUGUAGCUGCAGCUUUGGAAGUGGACGUCGACGGUCGCCGUUGCCGCGAGCGCUGCAACCAGCUCGUAGAUGCGUAUGAGGCAAAGCAGAAGGCGAGUGAGAAACGAAGCGGGCCGUGUGAAGAGUACACGCCGAAGGACGAAUGUCUGGCGGAGUUUCAGCACUCUGCAGCAGGCAUGCAACAGCAAAGCUCACACGCUCAGCCUCAGCGAGGUUGUGCACGGUGUACACACCAGCUGCAGCAGAUCGCAUCAAUCGCGGCGUACGUACCGCUUGGGUCCGUCCGACCUUGCGAUCGCUGA